AUGACCAGUGCGUGGCCCAUGUACGAUGGCACUAGCGGCCGAUACCAGCUCGGCUCCGGGAGCCAAGGAGUAUGGGAGCAUGACGAUGGAGGCGCAGCCGAGGCGUACGAAAAGUAUGUUGCGGCGCCUAAACGUCAGAGACGACGGCAGGCACAAAUACGAGAGAUUGAGAGAAGUAAGAUGCAAGACCAUAUGUCAAGCAGCCCGAGGCAGCAUGUUGACAGACGUGGUGCUACGGUCAGCCGCGUUCUUUCGGAGCCAAGUGCCCUCUGGAGCAGGCCACUCCGUCGCCCGCCAUCACCACCUCAGUCCUGGAUCGAGGAAGUGCCUCUGGCCGACGAGCACGGGUCUAGCUCGGGAGGUGGAACACGCUUCCAGCGUAUGCGCACCAACAAGCACGGAAUUUAUGUUCCCUACGCCUCCAUUUCUGAGAUCGAGGAGCUGCCCACAGCUUCGAGGCAAAGCGCCAGCGCCAGCGCUCCGGACAGGAGCCGAAGCAGCAGUCCUGAUAUUUUGAGCCGUCUUGAGGAUCAAGGUUCGCCAGUCCCAAAGGGUUGGAUGACGAAGCUUUUCGGACCUUCAAAGGUGAUCAAGUAGAGCUUACACCACCUCCAAUAACCUCCAAACGGCGUCGUGCGCUUCGUGUACGGCCAGACUGAAUAUGGCUAGACCUUGCGGCAGACUUGGCUGCGUUUGAUCUUAUACAUCGGCACUGGCGAGAGUGAAGUUCAAACCCGUCUGUGCUUUCUUGCUGCCUGUGGCCGUCAAGCGGAGCCAAUGGGCAGUACUGUGAGCGUCGCU